CAUAACUAGAAGUUGCAAACAUAAAAAUAGACGUAAAUUACCAAAAUCCUGCACAUGUUUUACAAGUUCGAAACGAAUAUUCGAACUUAAAAGUUAAUAUUUAAAAAAAAAAGCAUAAUCUUAAAGUUAAGUGUACUUAAAUCCAAUUAAAUAUGUCAAAAUCAAAAAUUCCAUACAAAGUUGCUGAUAUCAGUUUAUCAGAAUGGGGAAGAAAGGCAAUUGAAAUCGCUGAAAAUGAAAUGCCGGGUUUGAUGGCUGUUAGGAGGAAGUAUGGACCCCAAAAAAUAUUAAAAGGUGCUAAAAUUGCAGGAUGUCUGCAUAUGACAGUGCAAACUGCUGUUCUUAUCGAAACUUUGAUUGAAUUAGGAGCAGAGGUUCAAUGGUCAAGUUGUAAUAUAUUCAGUACACAAGAUCAUGCAGCGGCUGCCAUUGCUAAAGCAGGAGUUGCAGUAUAUGCAUGGAAAGGUGAAACAGAUGAAGAAUACACAUGGUGUAUUGAACAAACGUUAAUAUUCCCUGAUGGAGAGCCAUUUAAUUUGAUACUUGAUGAUGGCGGUGAUUUAACAAAUUUGGUUCAUGAAAAAUAUCCACAAUACUUGAAAAAUUGCCGUGGUAUAAGUGAAGAAACGACAACAGGAGUUCAUAAUUUAUACAAAAUGAUGAAAAGUGGUGUUUUAAAAGUGCCCGCAAUUAAUGUUAACGAUUCCGUAACGAAGAGUAAAUUUGAUAAUUUGUAUGGUUGCCGCGAAUCCUUAAUUGAUGGCAUUAAACGAGCAACAGAUGUAAUGAUCGCUGGAAAAGUAUGUGUGGUAGCUGGUUAUGGUGAUGUCGGAAAAGGAUGUGCACAAUCAUUGAGAGCUUUUGGUGGACGAGUUAUAAUUACUGAAAUCGAUCCCAUCAUUGCUUUACAAGCUGCAAUGGAAGGAUAUGAAGUAACAACAAUGGACAAAGCAAGCAAAAAAGGACAAAUAUUUGUCACCACAACUGGAUGUAAAGAAAUUAUUUUAGGCCAUCACUUUUUAAAUAUGAAAGAAGACAGUAUUGUUUGUAAUAUUGGACAUUUUGAUUGUGAAAUCGAUGUUUCAUGGUUGAAUCAGAAUGCCAAAAAUAAGUCAAACAUUAAACCUCAAGUUGAUCGAUACGAGUUAGAGAAUGGUCGUCAUAUUAUUGUCUUAGCCGAAGGUCGAUUAGUGAAUUUAGGUUGUGCUAUGGGUCAUCCAUCAUUUGUAAUGUCCAAUUCAUUCACAAAUCAAGUUUUGGCUCAAAUUGAAUUAUGGACAAAACCAGGAGAAUAUUCAAUUGGUGUACAUAUGUUACCUAAAAAAUUAGAUGAGGAAGUGGCAGCAUUACAUUUGGAACAAUUGGGUGUUAAGUUAACCGUACUAACAGAAGAACAAUCAAAAUAUGUUGGUAUACCAAUUGAAGGACCUUUUAAACCGGAUCAUUAUAGAUACUAAACGCUUUUAUAUUUACGUACUCAAAAUAAAAUUUGUUUAAUCUUU